AUGGACAAGUUAUCUCAGCCCAACUCAAGACACGCAACCAGCAAGGCUGCACCGAAGUCGCCUCAGCGCUCUCCCUCGACUUUUACCUCGUCGCCAGUUCUUGGCUCAGACAUGCGAUAUUUCGCAUACAAACUCGGCACUAUUUCCAAGUUCAAAAUCGAAAAAGAGGCCCGCAAAUCGGAGCCCAGACUGCACAAGCUGGUCGGCCACUGUUCGUUGUUCGACAAUGCACGCAGGUACAUUCUCGACACUCUCUGCCACGAUGACGAAGAACAGGAUGAAGGCGCUGUCGACUCUGAUGACAAGUGGUCUCUGCAUGACAACAAAGACGACGAAGACGGAAUCUCAUUCGAAUACGUCGAAGACGUGCAGCAGAAAGAGAGGCACAAAUCUCGAUCCAAAUCUUCCAGACACUCUCGCGGCGUAGUGGCCCUCAAAACCGAGGAGAUCACACUUGACGAUGGCAACGACGACAACGAGAACGAGGUAGAAGAUGACGAACUUGAAUGGGAAUACCACAGCGACUCAACAGAGGCACACGAUGACGAGGACGACGAGGACAACUGGAGCGACUCAACGUGCGAAGAAGACGACUCCCAGGAACCUGCGUACUCCCACCACAAGGGUAUGGAUAUCUACCCGGCAACGCAUUCGAAGUACACCGCUCAAGAUGACGUCCUACUGUGGUCACAACAACCUCAAGUCAUGACACCAAGUCAGGCCAACAACCUGCUCAUUGAGGCUUUUGCUUAG